AUGCAUCAGACUAGAACAGUAUCAGGGUAUCUGACACUAUUACAGGUGUGGGUGUAUGAACAUUUUCCAACAUUAUGUGCGAAUUGUUGUAGACUAUCUCAGGUUUAUGAUGAGGACUAUCCGAGAGCACUUAGAUGGAAGCCAAAACGGGAUAAAGGUUUGGUUAUUCCAUUUAGGAAAGCACUGGACGAGAUUGAUGUUGAUGGCAUAUGUUGGACACCCUACAGAGAGCAUAGGCCGAAGCGACCAUUUGAGGUUGUUUCAUUAUUCAGAGGGUGGAUACGAUGGGGUCCCAAGAUGUAUGCUCACUUGCCAGAUAGGGUAUUGCGUCAAUAUGGACAUGUCCAAACCAUCCCUGGUUCACCUUUGGAGAUAGUAGGUCAGACGACCACACCAGAGGAAAUGGACAUCAUGUUUACGCAAUACGCUGUACAUGUAGUUGACGCUGGGGCAGUUGUACACAAACCUGCAGACUGUGCAAUUGAGUACAUGGACUGUUUACAAUAA